AUGGACAGGUACGCAGGCCGCGUCGCUCUGGUCACAGGCGCCAGCGUCGGCAUCGGCGCAGCCAUCACCCAAAGUCUGCUCCGGCACGGACUCACCGUGGUGGGGCUGGCUAGGAGAGUCGACAAGGUCAAGGCACUGGCACUAAAAGAUGCUCCUGGAAAGUUGUACGCUCUAGAAGGAGAUGUCAGCAACGAGAAAAGCAUCCUUGCUGCUUUCAAAUGGAUUAAGGACAAUCUGAAAGGUGUCGACAUCCUCAUUAACAACGCUGGGCUUGUCGUAGAGAGCGACCUAUCAUCCGCACCUACGGAAUCGUGGAAGCGCAUGCUGGACGUGAACGUGCUGGGACUGUGUAUCUGCACCAGGGAGGCCGUGCAGGACAUGCUGAGCAGGGGCGUUGACGACGGCUUCAUCAUCCACAUCAGCAGCUUAACUGCACACCUGCCAGCGUUCGGAACAGAAACCGCCAUGUACUCUGCCACCAAGCACGCCGUCAACGUGCUGCUCGAAGGCCUCAGGAAGGACCUCGUCGCCAAAAAGAGCAAGAUUCGCGUGGGGGCAGUUUCUCCGGGCACUGUGAAGACAGAGCUGCUAAACAACGGGAAAUUCUGGCCUAAAGACCUUUACGAUAGAGCCCCGUACAUGGAACCAGAGGAUGUAGCAGAAGCCGUGGUUUACAUGUUAUCCCAGCAUCCUCGAGUACAGGUUCAUGACAUCGUUUUACGUCCAAACGGCAGUGCUGCAUAA